AUGGCGUGGAAUGCCGUUUUGUGUCUCCUCCUUUUGGCGUCGUCGUUUUCUUCUUUAUCGUUGAGGCCGUGCACUGGAAAAAGUCACGAAGUCGCCGGGAAAAAUGGUGUGGUGGCAGCCGAUGAAGUCUUGUGCUCGGACAUCGGAGUCGAUGUGCUCAAAAAGGGCGGCCACGCGGUGGAUGCCGCGGUGGCUGCCGCCCUCUGCCUAGGGGUGGUCAGCCCGGCGUCUAGCGGCCUUGGCGGUGGUGCGUUUUUGCUCGUCCGGUCGGCCAAUGGCUCAACAAAAGCCUAUGAUAUGAGAGAAACGGCUCCAAGUUGUGCUAAUAAGACCAUGUAUAAAGGAAAUGCCACCCUAAAGGCCAAGGGCCCGCUUUCCAUUGCGGUCCCGGGCGAGCUCGCGGGCCUCAAUCUCGCCUGGCGAAAUUACGGUAAACUCCCUUGGAAGAGCCUUGUCCAGCCUGCCAUUCGCCUCGCGAGCCGCGGGUUCAAGAUCUCUCCUUAUCUCCACAUGCAAAUGAACAAAACAAAAUCGGACAUCAUGGCCGACGAGGGGCUCAAGAGCAUAUUCACGAGAAACGGAAGUUUGUUGGGACCUGGCGAAACUUGCCGCAACGUAAGGCUUGCCGAGACAUUGAAGGAAAUAUCGGACAAUGUGGAGUCUUUUUAUAACGGUCCCCUCGGACAAAAGUUGGUUGACGAUGUGCGUAAAGCCAAAGGGAUAUUGAGUCAAGAAGAUUUGCGCAGUUAUAAGGUAGAAGUUAGGAAUCCCGUUGAGGUCGACGUGAUGGGAGUUAAAGUAUUGAGCAUGGGCCCGCCUUCGACCGGAGGUCCUUCUCUAGCACUUAUGCUAAACAUUCUUGAAGGGUAUACGAAUUUUUCGGAUAUUGGACUUUUAAGCCAUCGAGAAAUCGAGGCUCUGAAACACGCGUUUGCCGUGCGGAUGAAUCUCGGUGAUCCGGCUUUUGUCAAUGUUAAGUGCGUGCUACGAGACAUGUUGUCCAAAGUCUUUGCUGAGACGCUAAGGAAAACUAUUAACGACAGCAAGACGUUUGAUUUUAGCCAUUAUGGUGGGAGGUGGAAUCAAAUUCAUGAUCACGGCACAAGCCACAUUUCCAUCGUUGACCGAGAGCGUAAUGCGGUCUCGAUGACCACUUCCAUCAAUGCGUAUUUUGGCUCGACUUUUCUCUCGACGAGAACAGGCAUUGUUCUCAACAACGAAAUGGACGACUUCUCGAUGCCUCAGCCGAAAGGCACUAAAAAUCCAGGAGUUUUCCCACCUGCUCCGAACAACUUUGUCGAGGCUGGGAAAAGGCCACUUUCGUCAAUGACACCGACAAUUAUCGUCAAUAAGGAUGGAACACUAAGAGCUGUUGUAGGUGGUAGAGGAGGGAGCAAUAUAAUUGGAGCAGUAGCAGAGGUUUUAUUGAACUAUUUGAAAAGACAAAUGGACCCUCUUUCUUGUGUUGUAGCUCCUCGACUUUUUCAUCAGCUGAUUCCGAACGUGGUAUUGUACGAGAACUGGACAGUGCCAACAGGUGGUCAUUUCGAGGUCCCAAAGGAAAUAAGGACUGCUCUAACUAAAAGGAACCACACUCUUCAAAGCUCCUCAACUGCCACAAUGUGCCAAUUUGUUGUUCAAGAAUUUAUAAAUGGAUCGAGUGAGCUCAUUGCUGUAAGGAAAGUACUCUCCAUUGAAGCUGCAAUGUCUUCUGCAAAAAACAAUCUUCUUGCAAUCCUCCACCUAUCUCUAUCGAUGUUGAUAUCUUGCCACCAAGAGGCUCGCCCGGGAGACAGAGGCGUAUCGGUAAUUUCGUAUUCAGGUGUCGUCGCCAUGGAGGAAGGCGUAUGCUCGGAUAUCGGCCGAGAUAUCCUAAUUCGUGGCGGCCACGCGGUAGAUGCUUCCGUGGCUGCAGCAUUCAGCCUUGGAGUAGUCGACCCGCCUUUCAGCAGCCUAGGUGGCGGCGGGAUCAUGCUCGUCCGUCAGUCUACUGGCGAGUCAAGAGUUUUCGACAUGUUAGAAACAGCUCCCGUGCGUGCAAUCAAGGUUCUGAAAAUCCUAGAGCAAUAUGGAUUGCCUUCGGGAGUUUCCGGGCUGCUCGGGAUCCACCGCACGAUCGAGGCUUUAAAAUACGCGCUCUCUUCAAGAACACAACUUGGGGAUCCGGACUUCGUCAAUAUUACGUCCACGCUAUUUUCCAUGCUGUCGACGAGAACCGCCAAACGAAUGAGGGACAACAUAGACGACGCAACAACUUACUCCUCCUACCAUUAUGGUGGCAAGUAUAUGGAUGUCCUAGAUCACGGGACCACGCACGUGAGCGUCGUGGACGUGAGGGAAACGCAGUUAGACGGUAAAGUAAAAGCCGUUAUAGGUGGAGCCGGGGGAAUGUUCAUCGCGGCUGCAGUCACGGAGGUUAUAUUGAACCAUUUUGCCAGUGGAAUGGAUCCGAUCUUUUCUGUUAUGGCACCAAGGUUUUACCCUAAGUUGAACCCGAAUGUGUUGUACUACAAAACUAUUCAUGGAUGGGUGCCGAGUACAGAGCUUCUCGGGAGGCGAUGA